GUUAAAAGACAGCAGCAAACUAGUUAAUACAUUCAAUGUGGACUCUGCACUUCUGAUGCAUCAUGAUGGCGAGGGGAAGAUUACAGACUACAGGCAUUGGCAGAUUCCUCUGGCUCGAAGAUUCCGCUCCUUAAAGCUGUGGUUUGUUCUCAGGUUACAUGGUGUAAAUGGACUACAAGAGUACAUCAGACAGCAUGUGAAACUUGCACACGAGUUUGAGACACUAGUCCUGACAGAUAGAAGAUUUGAAAUUGUUGGCCAAGUUGUCCUUGGAUUGGUGUGUUUUAGACUCAAGGACUCCAAUGCAGUUAAUGAACAGCUACUACAAAGAAUUAUUCAAGAUGGCCGGAUACAUCUGGUUCCGUCUAAAAUAGGGAAUACUUAUUUCCUACGCUUUGUUGUGUGCUCUCCGGAUGCAGGGUCAAAGAACGUGCAGUUUGCUUGGGCUGUAAUUACAGAGCUAGCCACCGAUUUGUUGACAGGUAAAAAGUAUUGACAAGUUCUAUGAAGAGACAAACAAAAAGGUGGUCCAUCAAGGCGCUAUUCAGACUUUACCUGUGUUUUGGUGCUAUG